CGAGCACCGCCUGGCCGUGGUGUCCGGCGCCGGCCAUGCCUGCUACCUGGACAAACCAGAGGACUUCCACCAGGCCUUGCUGGGCUUCCUGCACCAGCUGAAAGCUUUGCAGCCUCGGUCCCUGACAUGACACCCGGGAAGCCUGGCAAGAGCACGGGGGCCUCAGAGAACCCCUCGGUUACCCUUUUCCGGGAGUACCUGAGGAUCGACUCUGUCCACCCCAAACCUGACUAUGAUGCGGCCAUCCAUUUUCUGGAGCGUGUCGGCACCGACCUGGGCUUGGCCUGCCAGAAAGUGGAGGUUUGCCAGGGCCGCGUGGUGCUGAUCCUGACCUGGCAGGGCACGAACCCCCGCCUGCGCUCCGUCCUCCUCAACUCCCACACUGAUGUCGUGCCUGUCUUUGAGGAGCACUGGACCUACCCACCCUUCGAGGCUGUUAAGGACUCACAAGGCAACAUCUACGCCCGGGGUGCCCAGGACAUGAAGUGUGUCUCCAUCCAGUACCUCGAGGCCAUCCGGAGGCUGAAGGCAGAGGGAAAAUGUUUUGCCCGCACCAUCCACCUCACCUUUGUGCCUGACGAGGAGGUGGGUGGACACAAGGGUAUGGAGAUGUUUGUGCAGCGCCCCGAGUUCAGAGCUCUCAACGUGGGCUUCGCCAUGGACGAGGGCCUGGCCAGUCCAUCCGACACCUUCAGUGUCUUCUACGGCGAGAAGAGCCCGUGGUGGAUAAAGGUGAAGUGCGUGGGUAGCCCUGGGCAUGGGUCUCGCUUCAUCAGCAACACAGCGGCUGAGAAGAUGCACAAAGUCAUCACCUCCUUCCUGGCCUUCAGGGAGAGCGAGAAGCAGAGGCUCAAGUCCGACUCAAGCCUGACCCUAGGGGACGUCACCUCGCUCAACCUGACCAUGCUGGAGGGGGGCGUCUCCUUCAACGUGGUGCCCUCCGAGAUGGCGGCCAGCUUCGACGUCCGCAUCCCACCCACCGUGGACCUGAAGGCCUUCGAGGAGCAGGUGGCUGCAUGGUGCCGUGGUGCCGGGGACGGUGUCACCUAUGAGUUUCACCAGAAAUGCAUGGACCAACACGUCACCUCCACUGAGGAGUCGGACCCAUGGUGGAAAGCCUUCAGCGGGGUCUGCAGGGACAUGAAGCUGCAGCUCAAGCUUGAGAUCUUCCCAGCUGCCACCGACAGCCGCUACAUCCGAGCGGCAGGGCACCCCGCUAUCGGCUUCUCGCCCAUGAACCGCACCCCGGUGCUGCUCCACGACCACAACGAGUUCCUCAACGAGCAAGUCUUCCUACGGGGCAUCGACAUCUACGCCCACCUCCUGCCCGCCCUGGCGUCGGUGGCCCCGCUGCCUGCCGAGGGCUGAGCACCCCGGCGAGGGGCAGGACGGCAGCGAUCCAAGCAGCGGGAGGCACGGCUGUAAAAAGGGGCCAGAGGGUGGGCACGGCAAGCGGCUGCCAGCGUGCCGGGGACCCAGCCGGCAUCGUGCCGCCUUGGCUGUGCUCGGGGCUGCCCCGAUGGUGACGCCUGUGCCAAGUGUCCUGGCUGUGCCCUCAAAAUCUGGGUCCCAGCCACCUCCCCGGGGGUUGUGUCCCCCUUGGGUGCCAGCAGAGCCUCGUGCCCUGGUGCCUCCUGCCUUUCCUGGUGUCGGCGGUGCCUCCUCCUGUCCCCAUGCCACCCCUGGCUGCACUGUGGGGUAAGGGGCUGGCCGGUGCCACGCUCUGCCUGCCCACGCCUUGUCCUGCCUCCCUGCCCGCUUGCCGCGGGAGCUGGGGCCAGUAGCCCCUGUCCUCCCCGUGCAAGUCAAUAAAUCUUGGUAAGCACGGCCCGGAGCGGGCA